AUGCAUCAGCAGUCCCGCCACCCCCCGCGGGUCUCAUCACCCGCUUCUUCCCCCCAGACAAACCCUGCGCGGACAAAUAACCCGAGGGAUCGCGUCCGAUCUGGUUCGGCCGCCACGGGCCUCGAUGGCGGCAGCAGGCCUGAGAGCACCGAGAGCCCCGGCUCCACCCCGAGCAGGGACUCGAUCAAGAAACUGGACCAGAUCAUCUCGAACUUCUAUGCCAAGACCGCCGUCAUCAUUCUCCAGUCCCGGCUCGACACGACGCCCGUUGAAGGGAAGAAGGCGGACCGCUGGGUGAGCAGAUUUUCUGAGAAACGCAAUCCCCUCCCUUUGGCAAACAAAAAGUUCGGACUCGAUACGGAUGAAAUCGAAGAGUUUAGAGAUGAGCUCCGGUUGUAUAAGCAGUCGGGGAGCUUCGAAAAUCGCCCUCCGCCCAUGAUCAUCGAGACGUAUAUCGACGCCUCCCGACUGACCAGCAGUCAGAGCUUGGUUGUCGUGGACGAAAACGGCAAGAGAUGGGAUGUGCUCGAGGCGCUGAACUCGUCAGAGUCGUCCGACGACAGCCCCAGGCGCAGCCACGCCCAGAGGCGCAACACCGAGGUGAUACUCGAAAGGUGGAGGCUCGAGCUCAAGUGCCUGCCCGACGUCCCGCGAGACGAGUUCGGCCCUGCUCUGCCCACCGUCUACAAGAGGAGCAUCGUCUUCAUCCGGUCGCUCUUCGUCAUGACCCGCAUGAUGCCGUGCUGGAAGUACUCGCAACAGGCGCUGGCGAAAGGGAUCCAUCCGGCGCUCGAGGUCAAGUGCAGGAUCCUGAGCGCCGAGACCGAGUACCUCACCUACGACCCCUUGCGGCAGCCUCUCCACGACGGGAGGGACGCCGUGACGGAGUACGUCUUUACCGACCUGGAGGUGCCCGUGGGCCGCUUCUAUGCCUCCGUCACGUACCGCAACGACUGCAACUUUCGGGUCGAGGACGCCGAAUCGCUGCUCAGCUCCCGGUUCAUGGGAGUGGAUGAGAACUACUUCAGGCCGUCUCUGCCACCAAGGCGAGCAGAAAACGGAAGGCCGGAUGCAUACGCAGAACCGGGCUCUUUGCCGUCGCAACGCCAGGGCCGCGGAUACCAGGAGGCGCAACAAACGUACGGCAGCUUGUCGACCUUUCACGGUCCGGGCCCUUUGGGGACGAGCCCGAUCUCCGCGCUCAGGUCGGUGCGCCCCAUCGGCUCCGAUACCAGCUCCCCCUCGGACUCCCCGUCCGGGAGCCUUGGACCGCCCGACCCCCCGCAUUCGUUGCCGAUCCGCGGGGCCUCAGCUCGCCCCAUGCCAAGACCCCACGACGCAGGCAGUCGGCGGCCGUCUGUGUCCUUCCAGCCGUUCAAGGCCGGCUCGCUCUCCGGGUCUCCCAGGAUCGGCGACCAGGAGACGCCGUCGUCCCCGCAGUCCCUUACCCGCCCGGGCCUCGCCGGGCCGUCGCGCACGGGAAAUAAUCGGUCCUCACUCACUAUGGGAUCCGCAGCCUCGUUGCGCGGCGGACCUCCCGCGGCCCAGGACGUGCCACCUCUCUCGGCCUCGCCUCGACCCCCCAGCCGCUACAGCAGCAGCUUCACGCAUCGCCGGAGUCGGCCGUCAUUUGGCGGGCAGAGCAAAGCCGACGACGACCAAGCCAGCAGCGGGAAGCAGAGCCUCUCAUCUUCGGCGCAGCCGGGCUCCGGUCUGCUCGCCGAGGCUGGUGCCAUCGCCAGCUCGGGGUCGUUCGCCGCGGACGACGAUAACAUCUCGGACUUUCUCAAGGCUCUCGACAGCAAGAAGACGCUCAAGAGCUUCGAGCCAAACAAGAGGGGCGAGUCCCUGGCCUCCAAGCGCACGGCGGCCCAGCUCUCGAGGUUUCAGCAGAUGCGCGAGACCAACAACGUCCUCACCGAUUCCAUGACCUCCUCAAUUCAGCUACAUCGCUCGUCGAGCUCGUCAAGCCGUCAGCUGGCAAACGUUCCGGGCAUGGUCAACCCGGCAUCCAUGUCCGUCUCGUCAUCUCCAGGAAAACCCAUGUCGCCUCACACGCCCCACACGCCGGCCAUACCAUCCCGGCUCAGCGAGAACUCCAUCAUCGAUUACCAAUCCGAAGACCGGCCGCGUCCGGGCCGGAACCGCUCCGACACCACCACUCCCGGCGACCUCACCCUCGAGGAGGGGGACGACGAUGGCGAGACGCCGAUGGUUACCCAGCAGGACACUUCGGAGAGAACAAGACCGUCUCCGUCCUCCAUUACUGACACUACCACUACCACUACCACCACUGCCGCCACCAACACCGCCACCGCCGCCGCCGCCGCUGCUGCUGCUGCCACCAAAACCACAACCACAACCACGACAUCUACAGGCACGACAGCAAUUGACAUACCCUUGUCCCCGCGCCUUCACCACCACAGCAAUAACCACGCCAUCGCCGCCAUUCGCCGCCCCAGCUCCGCCGCCCACCCCCACCACCAACAACAACAUCAACGCCUCCACCAACAAGGGCACCGCUCCCUCGCCGGC